GACUAGAUUUAAAGUAUUAUUAAAUUAUCUAGUUUGUCGUUUGUUUUAUACAAUCGCAAUUGGUUUGUACAAGCAAGAAAUAGUGUUGUAAAAUAUAUACACUAGAAACUCUGUUUCGAGGUUAUACGUUUUUUAUUUUAAAUAUUUUCAUCGAAAUAAAUUAUGGACACGAGUGACAUAACACAUUACAAAUACAACGAGAGAAAUUUUAAUCACCAAAUUCAAGAUUUGAAUGAACUGUCUCAAUUCGAUAAGAUUUUCAUUGAAAAGUGGAGUGCAGUUGAGCAAAACAACGUCUUUCGUUACUCAGUGAAAUCUCAGCAGUACAAAGUUCUUGAAGGACAAUAUGGUUUUUAUGCUCUGUUGAACACUCAAAGAGCAACAAUGAGAAGAACACCAGAAGAAAUCAUGUCAAUGGAGCAACCCUUUGAUUGUAAUAAAUUUAAUUUUACUAAAAUAUCACAGAAAGAAAUACUGUUUGACAUUGGAGAUGGACAAGGUAAUGAUGUCAUAGCUGUAAAUAUUAGUCCUAUUCUUUGGAGUCACUCUUUACUUUUGACACAAAGAUUCAAUGGUUUGCCACAAAAUGUGACACUUUAUAGUCUCCAAAAGGCUGUAGAAGUGAUUUUAUUGAGUAAGUCGAUAAACAUGAGGGUAUUAUUCAAUAGUCUGUGUGCAAAUGCAUCAGUCAAUCAUUUGCAUUGGCAUUUGUAUUACUUGGACCAUAGAAUGUUACUAGAGUGGAUUCCAGUACAAAGUUUUAUUGAUUCGGUGUAUAUUUUAGAAGGCUUUCCUGCUAAAGGAUUCUGCAUAAUGUUGUCGUCAUUUGAAGAUCGGGAUAUCAAUAAAUACGUUUCUCAUGCCUACACGGUAAUAUCUUGCCUUCAAAAAAAUAAAAUUGCUCACAACAUUUACAUAACUAGAUCGACCAGUGAUCCAGAGAGAAAAAACUACGACGACGUUCGUAUUUACAUUUGGGCAAGAUCAUCGAGUUAUGGUGCCAAGAACACUGAAGAUUUUAUAAUCGCAGCAUGCGAAUGUUUUGGUCACUUAAUAAUCAGAACUACAGAGGCCUACGAGCGCAUAAACGAGGAAUACGUGAGCGGGUGUUUGCAAGAUAUUACAACUAAAGAAUUUUCAUUGGCCCAGCAAAAAAUCGCGGAAACUUUGAGCGAAAUGAAAAAAGAAAAACAAUAACGACAACCAACAGUAACA